UUGAACAGAGAAGUCUUAGAAAAUCUUAGUCAACUUGCUCAAAGCUUUCCAGAAGAAUACAAAUCAUCCCCUGAGAUAGACAGCCGACUUCAAAAAUUGAAAGCACUUUACUCUGACCUGGCAUCUCUAGCAGAUUUACGAUCCCAAAAACUUCAAGAUACUCUGGCAUAUUAUACAAUUCUUGGGGAAAUAGAUGCCUGUGAAAUGUGGAUGAACGAGAAAGAAAAGUGGCUUCAAGCAAUGGAGAUUCCAGAAUCCCUUGAAGACAUGGGUGUAGUUCAGCACAGGUUUAAUACUCUGGGUCAAGAAAUGAAUGUUUUGGGAUCGCAAAUUGAGAAUGUCAAUAGUGCUUCUGAUUCUCUCUUUGAAAGUGGACAUCCCAAUAGAAUGCAAGUGAAACAAGGACAAGAUCACAUGAAUGCCAGAUGGGCUGAUUUCAAGAAAAUGGUU